GCGGAGUGGCCGCGCCGGGUGCCAGUCACGGGGAGAGGCGCUUGCGAUUGGUCAGCAGGACCCGUAGAGGGCGGUCCUUGGUGGCACCCGCGGCAGGAGCCGGAGCCGCUGUAGGGGGCUGGUGAUGGGGUUAAUUCCCCCGCGUGUGUGAAGCUCCCUUCGCAAGCCGGCCUUGCCGACGUCUUCUGCUCCUCCCCUCCCCCCUCUCUUUCCUCCCUCCCUCCCCCCCACGGACUGCCCGUUCGUCAUCCUCGCGGCACUGCGGUGUCUAAAAGGAAUGGUAUUGCUGAUGCCAAACAAUAUAAUACAGCCCAGGGGUCUCCAAUAGUAAUAAGGACAUGGGACACCUUUCAGAUUCCAGAUGGAUCAUUACAACUGACAUCUUGGUUGACGACUGUGAAAAAGAUCCUUGGAUUAUUUUAUUUUAUUUUCGUGGGGGACCACAAUCACAGAUCUACAGGAUACACCAGGCUCCAUAUUUCCUUUAGAUUUUUAAAAUAACCCUUUCUAAUGAGGAUGACUGAUACGAUUAGAGUAAAGGAGGAAGGUGAUACAAUGAAAUGUUCAGAAGCCGAAAUAAAAGACAUUACUGCAGUGGAACACUUUGUAAGAUCGGAAAGUCAAGAGCAAAUUCAAGCAGAAAAAGUUGAAAAAUGUACUGAUAAUAAAAAUGAUGUUCAGCGGCCAGUGCAAUCUUUUGGACAGACAGGAAAAAGGUCAAAGUCAAGUACAAAAUUAAAGCUAGUUCGGAGCCUGGCUGUGUGUGAAGAAUCUCCUCCACCUCCCACAGCUGAAAUUUCGCAGGACAUCCAGGAAACAAAUCAGAUCCAGCUAACACAGUUAUUUGAAAAGGAAGAGAAACCCUCGAAAGAUGAAGCUGAAAAGGAGAAGCCUGAUAAAUUACCCAGGAAAAUGUUAUCAAGAGAUUCUAGUCAAGAGUAUACAGAUUCAACUGGUAUAGAUCUACACGAGUUUUUAGUUAACACAUUGAAAAACAAUCCCAGGGACAGAAUGAUGCUGCUGAAAUUAGAACAGGAAAUCUUAGAUUUCAUUGGGAAUAAUGAAAUCCCACGAAAAAAAUUCCCCCCAAUGACCUCGUACCAUAGAAUGUUAUUGCACAGAGUAGCUGCUUAUUUUGGACUGGAGCACAACGUGGACCAGAGUGGGAAGUCGGUGAUCGUGAAUAAAACCAGCAGUACCAGAAUACCUGACCAGAAGUUUUGCGAACAUAUAAAAGAUGAAAAAAGUGAAGAUUUUCAAAAACGGUACAUCCUUAAACGAGAGAAUUCUAGUCUAGACAAAGAUGAUAAUCAGAUGCGAAUACGAUUAAAAGAUGACAGAAGAAGCAAAUCUAUAGAAGAGCGAGAAGAAGAGUACCAGAGAGCUAGAGAACGAAUAUUUGCACAAGAUUCGCUGUGUUCCCAAGAGAAUUAUAUUAUUGACAAAAGAAUUCAAGAGGAUGAAGCCAACAGUACCCAGCAAAGGCGACAGAUAUUUAGAAUCAACAAGGAUGCUUCAGGGAGGUCGGCAAACAGUCUCCAGAGCAGUACAGACAACGAGCUAAAGUACUCGGAACCCCGUCCAUGGAGCAGCACGGACUCGGACAGCUCCCUUCGCAGUUUGAAGCCCCCUGUGACCAAAGCCAGCAGCUUCAGUGGCAUCUCUGUUCUGACAAGAGGCGAUAGCACAGGAAGCAGCAAAAGCACUGGCAGGCUAUCUAAAACAGGUUCAGAAUCUUCUAGUAGUGUAGGGUCAUCCACGGGUUCUCUUUCUCACACCCAGCAACCUCUUCCAGUCACAGCUCUCAGCCAGCCUUCUCAUGGCACAUCUGCCGUCUAUCCAACUAUCAGCACUAGUAGUUCUCUUUCCUUUGAUGGUGGCAUAAGUGGGCAAGUGGCGUCUUCUAGCGGUAGCUUCUUUUUGCUUCCCUUGGAAGCGGCAGGCAUACCACCUGGAAGUAUUCUGAUCAACCCUCAAACAGGUCAGCCAUUCAUUAAUCCAGAUGGCACUCCAGUUGUGUAUAAUCCUCCAAUGCCUCAACAACCAAUUAGAAACCAAGUGCCUGGACCUCCUCAGCCGCCACCACCUCCCAUACCACCUCAGCAACAGCCAGCAACCAAUCACAUCCUCUCACAGCCUAUCCGACCUCUUCAGCCUUCUUCACAGCCUGUUCAGUUCUCCACAGUCACUUAUCCACCCCCGCUCCUGCCAGUCUCAUCUACCCAGCAAUAUACUGUGCAAGACAGCCUAGGAUCCCAACUUAGCCAUAUGAGUCUCUCCCGACAGCCAUCUGGAGAAGCUGCUGAUCCUCAUGCCAACAUGUUCCAGUCUACAGUGGUCCUCCCACCACCACAGCAAUCUGGUUUUAUCAUAGCAACAGCCCCACCGGCACCGCCGCCGCCGCCACCGCCACCGCCACCACCACCUGGCCAACCUACUCCUAACUACAGUGGAUCCAGCCACCCUGUUAACCAGCAAGUUCUUCAGCAACAGGGAUAUAUGCAGCAACCAAUGCCACAGAUGCCAGCCUGUUACUGUGCUCCAGGCCAGUAUCCACACUCCAGUCAACAAUAUCGGCCAGUUACUUCAGUUCAUUACAACACACAGCAAAACCAGCCACUGCCACAGCCUGCUCAACAGACAGGUUACCAAGUUAUGCCUAACCAGCAGCAAAACUACCAGGGUUUAGUUGGUGUCCAGCAGUCGCAAAACCAAAAUCUAGUUGGAGGCCAACCCAACAACAUUGGAAAUCAGAUUCAAGGAGUACUUGUUCCAUAUCCUCCCCUGCCAUCUUAUCAAGUCUCCAUGGCUCCAGUUUCCCAAGGACUGUCCCAACAAACAUAUCAGCAGCCAGUGGUUAUUCCCAAUCAGUCAAACCAAGGACUCCCCACAUCAGGAAUGCCUGUUUACUAUAGUGUCAUUCCGUCUGGACAGCAGAAUAAUUUAAGCUCUUCAGUGGCAUAUCUUCAACCUCCAGGGUCAGAGCAGAUACAGUUUCCUAGAACAACAUCACCUUGUAAUUCCCAACAGCUCCAAGGACAACAGUGUGCAGCAGUAGCACCACCACCCAGUGGAGGAAUGGUAAUGAUGCAGCUCAAUAUUCCCAAUAAUCCUCAGCCUCGGCCCCAUUCCCCUCCUCAGUGGAAGCAGAAUAAAUAUUAUUGUGAUCAUCAAAGAGGGCAGAAAUCAACAGAGUUUGGUUCAUUGGAGAAUUGCCCACAGCUACAACAUAGUCCACAAAUAGGUAGCCCUGCCACAUCUCCAGCUCAGUCACCGGCACCAACUCAGCUUUCAAACAUGAAGAACAUCCGUCCCACUUUAACACCUCUUCCUCUCGUGCCCCCAUUCUCACGACAUUUCGUUCCUGGACAAGGAGAUGCCAGAUAUCCCCUACUUGGCCAGCCUUUGCAGUACAAUCCUUCUCUGCCACACGGGCACAUAGCAGGUCCACAGUGUCAGCCAGGAAACAGACAUGGAAAUAGAGGAAGAAAACCGGCUAAAAAGGCUGCUUCAGCUGAUCUUGGUGCGGGAGAACCAGUUAUAGGAAAAGUUUUGGAAAUUACUGAACUGCCAGAGGGAAUAACUCGCGCAGAAGCUGAAAAAUUGUUUGUGGAACUUCUUAAAGUUGGUGCCAAGAUUCGGUGGCUACGAGACCCUCCAUCGGUGCAAGUGCAUCAGCCACACCAACACCACCAUCGCUACUGUGGGAGUGGAGAUAGCAACGUAAACACGGAACCCUCCAAACUUAGUGACUUGGCAUCCACGUAUACAGUCCUGGCAACGUUUCCCACCAUGUCUGCAGCCCAAAAUGCAUUGAAGAAACAAAGUAACUCACUGAACAAGUUUAGGUUGAGAACAAGCAAAAAGCAUUACGACUUUCACAUCCUGGAAAGAGCUAGUUCUCAGUAACAGUUACGGCACUGAACAUUCAGCCUUUAUUACUUCCAUGUCCUUAUCUCUCUUCUACUUGAUUGGCUUGAUGUUUAUGGUUUUUUUUUUGUUACUGUCUUCAUAAAACCCCUUGGAUGUCAGACACCAGUAAAGUCUUUUAAGAAUUAAACCCAGUGAUCCCGGAGAAGAUGCAGGGGGAAAAAAUUAAGUUCAAUCAUCAACUUACAAAACACGGCUGUGAUAGGAUAAAACGGACAGUCAGCCUUCUGUAAUGAAUGCUAUUAAAGAUCCCUUUUUGUAAUACUUUUAUUUUAUAUUUCCAAAUUCUUGUACCAGAUCCAAAGCUUUGUUGUACAGCAAACUUUUAUUCACGAGAAAUAACCAUAUUCUUACCUGCAUUUUGUAAU